AUGUCGCAGCGACUCGCAAAGGAGUACCGUGCGCUCUCAAAGACACUGGGCAGGGACCCGGAGUAUGCAUACAUCAUUAGUUUGGCUCCUGUCUCCGAGGAAAACCUCCGCAAGUGGGAAUCCCUUAUUACUGGGCCGCCAGACACGCCGUACUUCGGCCAUGAGUUCACCUUACAGAUCGAGGCUUCAGAGGCGUACCCGCUCGAACCACCCAAAGUACAGUUCCAAGCGCGAUGCAUGCCCCACUGUAAUGUCGAUUUCGAUUCCGGCCGCAUAUGUUUGAGUGUGCUGGAUGCGGCGCACUGGACGCCUGCGUGGGAUUUGCUCCACGUUGUUCACGCGAUAUGGCUUCUCCUCGCCAGCCCCGAACCAGACUCACCGCUAGACGUGGACCUCGCCUGCCUCGUCAGGGCCGGGGACCGCUCCGCCCACAACUCGCUCAUCGCAUACUAUCUAAACGGUGGGUCACGAGGACACUGCGGGCAUGUGAGUGAAAGAUAA